CAACUAGCAAAUAGGAAAAAAACAAAAUAAAAUACGAAAUGAUAAUUAAAAAUAGCUUUCCACUUAAGUCCACAUCUAAAAACUGGUUACAAAUUCUAUCUUUGUUUUAUUUUAGUGCUUUGAUACUCUCACUCAUUUUCCACCAAACCCUAUUGAAAAAAAAACCUACAAUAAAAACUGGUGAAAGUAAAAUUAAUUAAUUAAUCAUUUACAAAAGAUUUAAAUAUACAUUGCUCCCAACAACUAUUUUCCAGUCUGGCACCCAUUUCCACCUAAGUAAAUACAAAAUAUUUUUUAUAAGAAAAACAAAUAAGACACGUGGCAUUAAUACCAUUUGGCUGAUAAAGACCCUUCACUUCUUCUUCCUCAUAUUACAUACACACUCACACUGCUCUCAACUCUCAAGCAAACAGAAGAAGAAACAAAGCGUGCCCCUCUCUCUCUUAAUCAUUCUCCUCCUCCUCUAUAAAAAAAAAAUCAAUACUCAUGGAUCCUUGGGAUAAAACUAACUCAUUAGACCACCACCACCACCGUCGCCAAGAUCAUCGCCAUCCUUCCUUCUCCUCCACUCUCCUCGACCAAAUCUACAACUCCAUCGACUCCUCCUCCGCCGUUAACCGCCGCGCAGUCGCCGGAGAUUCCGUUAGAUCAAGGAAUCUCAAGACCGCUGAGCCAGUUUUCUUCAAGCAUUGGAGCUCCUCCAGCUCCUCAGACUCAAGCGGAUUCUCCUCUUCCGAGUCCGACUCCUUCUACAGGCGAUCUCGUUCUUCGCGUUCUCCGCCGGAGAUUUGUCAUCCCAAGCCGAUUCGAACCACCGUCGAGAGACUCGAACGACCUAAUAAUAAUAAUAAUAAUAAUAAAGUGAAAUCGAAGGCGUUGAAGAUGUAUAGCGAUUUGAAGAGAGUGAAACAGCCGAUUUCUCCAGGCGGACGUCUCGCCACUUUCAUAAACUCUAUCUUCACCGGAAACACUAAGAAACCGAAUAAAACCGCCACGUCAUCAUCCACCACUUGCUCAUCCGCGUCUUCCUUCUCCAAAUCUUGCUUGAGUAAAACGCCGUCGUCUAGUGAAAAAUCGAAACGGUCUGUGCGUUUCUGUGAGUCCACGCGCCAACGUCAAAACUUUGAUACUCUUGAGAGCCGAGUGAUGGAGGAGAAUCGUCGCGUGAUUGAAGCAGCCAAGGAACUUAUCAGAACUUACCAGAAGAAUAAAGACGUCGUUAACAUCAUCGGCAAAGAAGAAGAAGAUGAUGAAGAGGACGAUGACGAUGGUGCGAGCUGCGCGAGCUCCGAUCUGUUCGAAUUGGAUCAUCUAUCGGUGAUUGGAAUCGAUAGUUAUCGAGAAGAGCUUCCCGUCUACGAGACGACUCGUUUUCACACGAACCGUAUAAUCUCCAGAUGAAUAAUUAAUUAUUCUCGAAUUACGUAUAACUAAUUGCUUAGUUUCCUAAUGUAGUAACUACUUACUGGUUUACGGGUGGAUUAAUUGGUUUUGGAUUAUGCAGUUUUCUGAGUGAUGUUACCUAUUUGCAUG